AUGUUGGGAAACCCCGGGACUUACGCAAACAAGAAGAGGAAGAAGCCAGUCCUGAAACAAAAGAAGGCGUCAGAGGUGAACGAUGUGGUCAAAUCCAACCCGUCCAAACGCCACCGGGAUCGGCUGAACGGCGAGCUGGACCGCCUCACGGAGCUGCUGCCUUUCCCCGAGGACGUGCGCACUCGACUGGACAAGCUCUCGGUCUUGCGGCUCAGUGUGGGAUACCUGCGAGUCAAGAGUUACUUCAAAGGUAUCUGGGUCUAA